UUUGCAGGACGCCAUUUCUGUACCCAUACAAGACAGGGUUUGCAAUUUCGCGACCAUCAUGAGCUUCGAUGGAAGUAAAGGCCCGCCCCAAAUUGAAGGAAUGACUAGCUUAAAAGUCGACAACCUUACUUAUCGUACUACUGUGGGGGACUUGACGCACGUUUUUUCAAAAUAUGGCGAUCUUGGCGACGUUUACAUUCCGCGCGACCGCUACAAACAAGAAUCCAGAGGGUUUGCUUUCGUACGAUUCUACGAAAAGCGAGAUGCUGAAGAUGCAAUGGAUGCCUUGCACGGAACUAUCAUCGAUGGACGAGAAAUCCGCGUGCAGAUGGCAAAGUAUGGAAGACCAUCAGAUCCCUAUAAACCUCGAAGUAAUCGUCAUAGACAAUCAUCAUCCUACAGCGGUUCGAGGUAUCGAUCACGUUCUCGUUCUCCUCGACGCAGGGCUCGCCGAUCACGUUCCAGAUCUCCCCGGCGUCGUUCAAAGUCUCGAUCCCGCUCACCACGCAAAGCUCGCUACAGUGGGUCACAGUCACCAAGAAAACAGGAAAGCCGUUCUCGUUCCAGAAGUCCUCGUCGCAAACGAUCCCACUCUAGGUCCCGUUCAAAAUCUGGUUCAAGACCCAGACAGUCUCGUUCUAAGUCUCGUUCUCGUUCCAAAUCUCGUUCAAGAUCACCCCGGAACAAAACAUCGAGGUCUCCUUCUAGGUCUCCAAAACAGAGAAGGUCAACAUCCCCAGAUCGCACUACACAAGAUCAUGAUGACAACAUUGAUGGUUCUGGGGAACAACAACAAGAAAGUGCUGAUGCUGAAAGAAGAGAAAACAAUGCUUAUGAUUAAUCAACCCAGGCUUUCUUUAGACUUCUUCAACGAUUUAUAGUAAUCAGUUUUUUAAAGUAUUCUCUUCCAGGCUUUGUUGCUGUUGUGGAGAUGGGGAGUAGACUUUUGUUGCAGAGCAUGGAGGGAAUGGACUGGGAAUUCUUCUGUUUUAGGUAGAGAUUCCAAAGUUAUAGUGUGCUUUUGAUAUCACACACUUGUUAGCUUAUUAGGGAAAAAACAGUUUUCUAGUACCUUUGUGAUGGCUCCUCCUUCAAAUACCCCAUUAGUGCAGAAAUGUAUGAGGUUCUUGUAGAACAGUGACUAUUAUGUGUUAGCAAAAAACCCAGAGGACUCUAUUUGGAACCCCGCUGUCUAGGAUCAUGGAUACUUUGUCUGCAAAGCAUGACUAGAACUUGAAUUUUAAUUUUUUUCUCUGCCUUACUAUGUGUAAUCACCAGUUACUACCGAACAAAUUAAGAAUUAGUUUCUUUGUUUCCAUUUUGAAUAAAUGUAGAGGAAAUAAUUUUUUUAGAGAUUUAGUUAGAAACUCUCUCAAGUUACCAUAGCUUCUCUAGACCCAAGAAUCCAGGUAUAUAUUCUUGAGUUGAACUUCAGCAAAACAAGAAUAGUGGUUAUAUACUUCAAAUUUUGACAAGAAGUAGAGUUUCCUACAAAUGUGUAAGGGUGCUCUUGAAACUAGAAUCAUAACAAUGUGUCUAUUAGCCAAGAUGCAUUAUCUCAGUAGAGAUUAGGCUCUGCUCACAAAGACCUGCAAAGAGUUCAUUUUUUUCUCUUAGGGUAAUGUAAGUGACUUGUUUACUGAAGGGCUUUAAAAGAAUGUUGCAAAAGUUUUGUCAAACGCUAAAAUAUUGAGAGUUACAUGAGAUGUGUUUAUAGACAUUAGUGUGAUUUAAAUUUUUUUAGUUUUAUAUGAAUUGUUUGGUAUUUUGGGCCUUCAAAAUUAAGAGUUGGUAGGAACAGUCAUGUGAUCAACUCCAAAUAAUGGCAAUGGCCUGUGUGUUUCAUUGGAGUGUGUUAUAAUCUUACCAUAUUCAUUCAUAACUUUGUUAUCUAGUAUGGCCUUGGCAUGGGCCAGUUUGAGCUUUUAUCAGCAUUUUAAUUGAUUUUCCUUGAUGUGGAAUUUUUUUCAUUGAAUGAGUGGUUUGAACUUUGUGUGGUUGUUAAAGAUAAUUUUUUUUCUUACAAUAACUGCUGGAAAGAAUUGAGAUGUUACUCAGUUCUGAAAAUUAUGUUUAUAUUAUGCUCCUUGUGAUGAGUGUUUGAUUUAGGCUAUUUUCUGUACUUAGUGUGAAAAAACAUUAGGUAAGUUAGGGCCUCUUCAUCUAGGUGUGGCAGUCAGGCUGAUCAAUAUUAAGUGCAAAUUUUGUUGAUUUUUCUUAUUGCAAAUUUCAUCUUGGGUUCUAAGGUGAGACUUCAAGCUUAGCACAGUAAAUUUUGGAAAUUUCAGUUCAGUGGCUGAGAUGAACAAGGUGCAGUCAUGUGUUGCCUCUCUAACCCGACUUAAAUGUGAAAUUUUCUAUCUGAGGUAAUAAGAUCUUGGUGACUGGAACAGCUUGCCUAAUUUUCUAAACUAGAGAAAUUUUCCAAGGAAAGGGGAAAGAUCUUAGAAGCUGUGUAAGUCUGGUUGACUGGACUUAUUUGAGGAGGCUCUAGAAAGUAAAGGUAUUUGCAAGUUAUUAUUUUUUUUGUCAAUUUGAUGUUAAAAUUAUCAUAUCAACCUUUCCUGUA